AUGGAGCCCAAGUUUGAUCCCGAGCAUCUUCAUGGGCUGGGUAUUCCACCUCCUGUCCGCUUCUCUCGGGCUCGGUGCUGUGUUCUGGACACCCACAAAGGGAGCAUCGCCGGCCUCGUCCCACCCCUUCGCCAUGGCAGUGUUCUGGAGGAGAACAAAGUCGGCCAAGGCCCUAUUUCAGCUAACUCUUUAUCAGCCAACUUUGCAUAUCUGACGGCUCCACCAGACCCCGCCCAAGGGUCAGAACACACCUGCUGCCGUCCCAAGUCACCACCGCCCAGGGGCCAGCCAGUUAUGCUGCCGCUGCUGUUGCUGCUCUUGGUCUCAGGAUUGGGGUGCCAGGCUGGCCCCAGGAGGUCCCACAUACACCGGCGAGGACUCAUAGAGCUGGCAAGCACCAUGGAAUGCGUACGCAUCCUAAACCCCUUGGCUUACAUGGACUAUGGCUGCUACUGUGGCCUGGGCGGCCAGGGACAGCCCCAGGAUAAGACGGAUUGGUGCUGCCGACUCCAUGACUGCUGCUACACAAAGGCUGAGGAGGCAAAUUGCAGUCCCAAGCUGACCAGCUACUCUUGGGAGUGUGUGAACCAGACCGUGCAAUGCAGCCCCACAGAGGACAAAUGCCAAGAAAUGCUGUGCAAAUGUGACCAGGACUUUGCUCACUGCUUAGCCGAUGCCUCGUACAGCAUCAAGUACCUCUUCUACGCCCAGUCCUCAUGUGGGAAAGAAUCGCCACCUUGUCCCUGA